UAAAACUAGAAUGAUUAUUUUGCAAUUUCCAUUUGUUAGAAAUUUAAUUUACAUAUUAUUUGUUAAUCGUGUGAAAUAAAAUAUUGUAUUACAAAUAUGUUUACUGAAACACUAUUAAUUUGUCUUUUUGCAGCUUUUACGGUGAUAAUACCUGCAAGUGCUGAAAAAAAAUAUAACAACCAAAGCGAACUUAUAGAUGACAUGUUAGAUAACAUGUUUCAGUGCAUGCAAGAACUGAACAUGAAUCCUGACGUUUGCACUGAAAUGUUGAUGAAAGACAAAGACCUCAAUGAUAAGAGGUAUGAUAGCUGUAAGUGCCUCGGUCCGUGCACGGCGAAGAGAAUGGGAACGAUGAACCCGGAGACCGGCAAAUGGAACUGGCCCAGAUUUUAUGAGUUAUCGAAGUUGAUAGAUAAUGAAAUGCUUAAAUCCGAGGCGGACAUAUUGAAAAAAAACUGCUACGAUGACGUAAACACUCACUGCGCCGCCGGUUACGCGUUCAUGAAGUGCGCCUUGGAACAUUCCCCGAUGGCUAAAGACAUGGUCAAAAACUAUUUGAUAGCCAAAGAAAACGCUCAAAACGAAGACGAAGCCACAGAAUAACACAAUACAUUAUACCUUAUGUUAUAAAAAAUUGUACAAUACUUAAUAAUACUCGUAAUAGUUAUUAUAAUAUAUAAUGUAAUAAUGUACCUACGCAGUUUAAUGCACUCCAGUUCACUUCGUUUACGUUUCAAUUAAAAAAAAAAUUUAUAGUAAAAAUAAAUACUUUAACACGAAA